AUCUAGCGUCGGCCGCACGUGCGGAAGGUCUCAGCCGCACGUGCGAUGCACUUUUCUCUCAUUGGCUGAGCUGAUGCCCUUUUAAUUCCAGCAUCUUUUCCCCAUUUCCUCUCUCUCUCUCUCUCUCUGAAGCGAGGGGUUCUGUUGUUUUCUCGGGACAGCUCGACCUGCAUUUUCUCACCCCCGAUCGUAUCCAGUGGAUUGUUCUUCCUUGUGGCUGCUGCCUGAUGGUGUUAUCAACUGUUUUAGUAUUAUGGAAGCAUUCUAGAGCUUGGUACAGCGGAUGAUUUGUGUCAGCCUUGUUAUGCUUGAGUCGUGUGCUGUAAUGGGCAUCAUUCUAAUGAAACGUCAAUGGCUCUUGCUUGUGUUUGUUCUGCUGCUUUUUUGCAUUCUCAUCAACAAAAGCGGAGCUAUAAGUCCUGAUGGUGAGGCUCUCCUAAAUUUUAGGAUGUCAAUUGUUAGCUCAGAUGGUAUCCUUCUUCAAUGGAGACCAGAGGAUGCUGAUCCAUGCAUUUGGAAAGGAGUGAAAUGUGAUCCCAAGACAAAGAGAGUUACAGAUUUGAUUCUUCCCCAUCACAAAUUGAGUGGACCUAUAGCACCUGAUAUUGGGAAGCUAGAGCACUUGAAACAUUUAGCUCUUCAUAGCAACAACUUCUAUGGCACUAUUCCUCCAGAGUUGGGAAAUUGCACAGAAUUGCAAGCUUUAUAUUUGCAGGGCAACUACUUAAGUGGACUAAUACCCAGUGAAUUGGGGAACCUUUCAAGGCUUGAAUACCUGGAUGUUUCAAGCAAUUCACUCAGUGGAUCUAUUCCUCCGUCACUUGGAAAGUUGGACAAGCUCCUUAUUUUCAAUGUGUCAUCAAACUUUCUUGUUGGACCGAUACCAUUUGAUGGAGUGCUCACCAAUGUCACGGGAGAUUCCUUUGUUGGAAAUCGUCAGUUGUGUGGGAAGCAAAUCAAUGUGAUAUGCAAAGAUUUUGGUGAAGGACCUGGAACAAAUUCUUUACCUCCCUCUUCAGUCCAAAGUGGAAAGAAGAAAUACUCUGGUCGGCUCCUGAUAAGUGCAUUGGCAACAAUGGGUGCGCUCCUUCUUGUGGCGCUUAUGUGUUUCUGGGGCUGCUUUCUUUAUAAGAAAUUUGGUAAAAUUGACAGCAGAGGUCUUGCCAUGGAUGUCAGUGGAGGUGCAUCAAUUGUUAUGUUUCAUGGAGACUUGCCAUACUCCUCUAAAGAUAUUAUCAAGAAAUUGGAAACUUUGAAUGAGGACCACAUUAUUGGUUCUGGGGGAUUUGGAACAGUAUACAAGCUUGUAAUGGAUGAUGGGAAUGAAUUUGCUUUGAAAAGAAUUGUAAAAAUGAAUGAGGGUUUUGAUCGUUUUUUUGAGAGGGAGCUUGAAAUUCUUGGAAGCAUAAAGCACCGAUACUUAGUUAAUUUGCGAGGAUAUUGCAAUUCUCCUUUGUCGAAGCUAUUAAUAUAUGAUUUCUUACCUGGUGGCAGCCUAGAUGAAGCUCUUCAUGAAAGAUCUGAGCAGCUGGAUUGGGACGCACGCCUUAAUAUUAUCAUGGGAGCUGCGAAAGGACUAGCAUACUUGCAUCAUGAUUGUUCCCCUCGGAUAAUACAUCGUGAUAUAAAAUCAAGCAACAUCUUACUUGAUGGCAAUUUGGAGGCUCGAGUAUCUGACUUUGGACUUGCCAAAUUGCUGGAGGAUGAGGAGUCUCACAUUACGACCAUUGUUGCUGGAACAUUUGGUUAUCUUGCUCCAGAGUAUAUGCAAAGUGGUAGAGCAACAGAAAAGACCGACGUUUACAGUUUUGGGGUUCUGGUGCUUGAAGUCUUGAGUGGAAAGCGGCCCACUGAUGCAUCGUUCAUUGAGAAGGGCCUUAAUAUUGUUGGAUGGAUGAAUUUUCUGGUCACAGAGAAUAGGCAACGGGAGAUUGUUGAUACACAUUGUGAGGGGGUGCAGUCAGAAAGCCUUGAUGCUCUGCUCUCAAUUGCCAUCCAGUGUGUGUCUUCUGGGCCGGAGGAUCGACCCACCAUGCAUAGGGUGGUCCAGGUGAUUGAGUCAGAGGUCAUGACCCCGUGCCCCAGUGAUUUCUAUGAUUCCAACUCUGAUUGAAAAUUUUUCUGGGGAGACGGCCAAGACAUCUUUGCUUGCACAUUCCAUUUCACUGCAGCUUCCCUCAAUGAAGUAGGAGAGUGCAGCAACGAGUGAAAAAGGACUAGGGAAUCUGGAGAGAUUCAGUCUUCCUAUUUCUUUUGUUGAUUUUAUUUUUGCUGAUAUCCAUCUCGAUUUGCGAAUGCUCUGCUCCAUCUACGUUCAUCUGCCCUCAGAAUGUCAGCACUUGGUUCGUCAUCAAAGUGACAGGUCGGUUGUAACCCUUUGAUUUCGGUCUCGUCAUUUGCAUGGGUGCUCGCGGACUACACAACAAUUAAACUUCCACUGUGGUAUGAGAAAUGCAUUCAUUUUCCCCCAUAUUUUUUGUAUUAUUUCUUUUUUCAUUUUCCUUUUUUUGGAUUUUUUUUUUUGUAUUUAUUUGAAUCACUUGGCAUUUAUUCUCUUAAAGCUGUAUAUGGCUGUUACGGCAUAUAUAUAAAUAUGAUAUACAUUUUGAUCCAUCA